GUGCGCCAAACCUUACGGUAUUUUACUGUUUCCCCAGUAUUAACGUGGCUUUCCUUACCCUUCUUAUCAGAGAAGGGCACUGGUCUACCCUGGUGAGGGGGUGUUCGUUCGUGCGUGUGUAUGUCACAUCUGUUGGCAAGCGUGAAAUUGUUCACGGUGAUUGGUUCCUUUGUUUGAGAAUGCAGCUGCUGGCCAUUUAAAACAUGAGGGAUUAAUUUAUCCAAUGACAGCGCUUUACUUCAUCCUGAGGAGGGAGAAGCGCUCAAUUUGAAAUAUUUGAGUUAGUGCGAGGAAGAAGUCUGUCUGUUGCUGCCAUUAUUUCCAGCGCACCGCCACAUUUUGUGAAGAGAAACAAGGUGACCACUUCUUAUUCAUUUCUCUGCCUUGCCAGUUAGGUUAGGUGACUUUAGUUAGGUUAGGUUAAGUUAGUUUGGUUUGUGUGGUUAGUUUUUUUUUUUUUUUUUUUUUAAUGUAGGAAGGAUACUGGCCAAGGGCAACAAAAAUCUAAUAAAAAAAAAUGCCCACUGAAAUGCCAGUCCCAUUAAAGGGUCAAAGCAGUGGUCAAAAAUUGGUGGAUAAGUGUCUUGAAACCUCCCUCUUGAAGGAAUUCAAGUCAUAGGAAGGUGGAAAUACAGAAGCAGGCAGUGAUUGGAGUGAUAGGACAAGAUAAAGAUAUGAGAUUAUGAUCGGAGGAGCCCAACGGAGAAGAAAGGGUGACAGCAUAAGCAGAAGGAUUAGAGGUCAGGAAAAGGUCAAGAAUGUUGGGCGUAUCUCCAAGACGGUCAGGAAUACGAGUAGGGUGUUGCACCAAUUGCUCUAGGUCAUGGAGGAUAGCAAAGUUGUAGGCUAGUUCACCAGGAUGGUCAGUGAAGGGAGAGGAAAGCCAAAGCUGGUGGUGAACAUUGAAGUCUCCAAGAAUGGAGAUCUCUGCAAAAGGGAAGAGGGUCAGAAUGUGCUCCACUUUGGAAGUUAAGUAGUCAAAGAAUUUCUUAUAGUCAGAGGAGUUAGGAGAGAAGUAUACAGCACAGAUAAAUUUAGUAUGAGAAUGACUCUGUAGUCGUAGCCAGAUGGUGGAAAACUCGGAAGAUUCAAGAGCGUGGGCACGAGAGCAGGUUUGGUUAAGUUACAUUUGGUUAGGUUAGUUUAGGUAGUUUAGUUAGGUUAAGUUAGUUUGGUUAUGUUUUAUUUGGCUAGUUUAGGUGAAUUUAGUCAGGUUAGGUUAGUUAGGUUAAGUUAAGUUACGUUUGGUUAAGUUAGUUUGGUUAGGUUAAGUUAGUCUUGGUUAGGUUAGGUUAAAUUAGGUUUGGUUAGGUUAGGUUAGGUUAGCUACUUUAGUUAGGUUAAGUUAGCUAGUUUGGUUAGGCCUGUAAGGUGGAGGUUGAGCGGAAUGAUGUCGCUUUGCUCCGGAGUGGUGAAUCUGCUCCACCCGGACCCUCGUUGCUGGAUCCACUUGUUUCGGUGGAUUGUUACCCUCUAAUUUAAUUCAUUCCCAUCACCACUAACCUUGCUGUUGGAAUGACAGUUCCCACAAACACUCCAUUUAAAUUCAAAUUAUGUUGAAAGGCCAGGGUUGAAUGUGAUUUCUCUCUCUCUCUCUCUCUCUCUCUCUCUCUCUCUCUCUCUCUCUCUCUCUCUCUCUCUCUCUCUCUCUCUCUCUCUCUCUCUCUCUCUCUCUCUCUCUCUGUCUCCACCUCAGUUAAAUUGUCUGUGUGCAUGAUUUGGUUAGCCUUAGAUGUUAAUGAGUUAGGUAUUCUGUACACAGCAUUAAUACUGUGAUAACAUUUUGAACAGUAAGUAUUCUGUACACAGCAUUAAUACUGUGAUAACAUUUUGAACAGUAAGUAUUCUGUACACAGCAUUAAUACUGUGAUAACAUUUUGAACAGUAAGUAUUCUGUACACAGCAUUAAUACUGUGAUAACAUUUUGAACAGUAAGUAUUCUGUACACAGCAUUAAUACUGUGAUAACAUUUUGAACAGUAAGUAUUCUGUACACAGCAUUAAUACUAUGAUAACAUUUUGAACAGUAAGUAUUCUGUACACAGCAUUAAUACUGUGAUAACAUUUUGAACAGUAAGUAUUCUGUGCACAGCAUUAAUACUGUGAUAACAUUUUGAACAGUAAGUAUUCUGUACACAGCAUUAAUACUCUGAUAACAUUUUGAACAGUAAGUAUUCUGUACACAGCAUUAAUACUCUGAUAACAUUUUGAACAGUAAGUAUUCUGUACACAGCAUUAAUACUCUGAUAACAUUUUGAACAGUAAGUAUUCUGUACACAGCAUUAAUACUCUGAUAACAUUUUGAACAGUAAGUAUUCUGUACACAGCAUUAAUAUUGUGAUAACAUUUUGAACAAGUAUACUGGGGAAAAACUGUGUUUGUGUCCUUAACGACCCAGUGAAGUGUGGGUGGGUGACCCAACUUUGGGCUGUGACCCAAGGGUUAAGAACCACUGACCCAAGGUGAUGCACUCUUCCAGGCACUUGCUGUGAGAGAGAGGGGAGACCUGUGCACCGCUGUGCUGCACUGUGCUUGGAUGUCCCUGGUUCACUCCUGAGGCUGUACCAUUCUUGCCCCUAUUACCAGGCCAGCAUCCAGGCCGCCGCCCUGCCUGGCACUGACGGCUGUCUGGCCUCCCCGAGGGUCCCUGCAGGACUGGACGCGGCGUGUGCUGGCGGGAGUGGUGCUGCGGUGGAGGUCGUGAAGCCGGGCAACAGCAUGAGCGGCCGGAGGCGGCGGGAACAGCGGCAGCAGCAGCAGCAGCAGCAGCCAGCCUCAGGUGUGGGGAGGUGCAGGUGUGGUGGCAAGAAUCACCUGGAGGCAGGCAGCUCUGUCCACAGAGGAGAGAGCAAGUUUGAGUGCCAGCAGUGUGACAAAACUUUUGUAUCCAGACAAGGCCUUUACUACCACACCCUGACACACAGUGGUGUUAGAAAUUAUGAGUGUGGUGAGUGUGGGAAGAAAUUUACCUAUAAGUCUCACCUCACCAGACACACCCUGACACACAGUGGUGUUAGAAAUUAUGAGUGUGAUGAGUGUGGGAAGAAAUUUACCCACAAGUCUUCCCUCACCACACACACCCUGACACACAGUGGUGUUAGAAAUUAUGAGUGUGAUGAGUGUGGGAAGAAAUUUACCGACAAGUCUAACCUCACCACACACACCCUGACACACAGUGGUGUUAGAAAUUAUGAGUGUGAUGAGUGUGGGAAGAAAUUUACCCAGAAGUCUAACCUCACCAGACACAUCGUGACACACAGUGGUGUUAGAAAUUAUGAGUGUGAUGAGUGUGGGAAGAAAUUUACCCAGAAGUCUAACCUCACCACACACACCCUGAUACACAGUGGUGUUAGAAAUUAUGAGUGUGAUGAGUGUGGGAAGAAAUUUACCCACAAGUAUUCCCUCACCUCACACACCCUGACACACAGUGGUGUUAGAAAUUAUGAGUGUGGUGAGUGUGGGAAGAAAUUUACCCACAAGAGUAACCUCACCACACACAUCCUCACACACAGUGGUGUUAGAAAUUAUGAGUGUGAUGAGUGUGGGAAGAAAUUUACCCACAAGUCUAACCUCACCACACACACCCUGACACACAGUGGUGUUAGAAAUUAUGAGUGUGAUGAGUGUGGGAAGAAAUUUACCCACAAGUCUUCCCUUAACACACACACCCUGACACACAGUGGUGUUAGAAAUUAUGAGUGUGAUGAGUGUGGGAAGAAAUUUACCCACAAGUCUAACCUCACCACACACACCCUGACACACAGUGGUGUUAGAAAUUAUGAGUGUGAUGAGUGUGGGAAGAAAUUUACCCACAAGUCUUCCCUCAACACACACACCCUGACACACAGUGGUGUUAGAAAUUAUGAGUGUGAUGAGUGUGGGAAGAAAUUUACCCACAAGUCUUCCCUCACCUCACACACCCUGACACACAGUGGUGUUAGAAAUUAUGAGUGUGAUGAGUGUGGGAAGAAAUUUACCCACAAGUCUUCCCUCAACACACACACCUUGACACACAGUGGUGUUAGAAAUUAUGAGUGUGAUGAGUGUGGGAAGAAAUUUACCCACAAGUCUUACCUCACCAGACACACCCUGACACACAGUGGUGUUAGAAAUUAUGAGUGUGAUGAGUGUGGCAAAAGAUUUCCUACCAUUUCUCGUCUCAAUGAACACGCCUUCAGACACACUGGGGUGAGGGAGUUCGAGUGUGAUGUUUGUGGCAAGUGUUUCAAGACAAAGGCUGAUAUUGCCAGGCACGUGAAGAUCCACUUCUAAGGUGGUGGUGUGUGGACACAUGGGGCCAGCAGUUUUGUGUGGUGGUGGUGGUGGUGGUUGUGGUGGUGUGGGGGAGUCAUGGCCCCAGCAGUUUUGUGUGAUGGUGGUGUGGUGGUGUGGGGGAGUCAUGGCCCCAGCAGUUUUGUGUGGUGGUGGUGGUGGUGGUGGUGGUGUGGGGGAGUCAAGGCCCCAGCAUUUGUUUUGUUGGCAGUGCAGGUGUGACUUUCAAUAAAUGUGUGUGUGCAGUAAACCUUUGUUUGUGUAUUCACCAGGUGUAGUAUACAGGGCCUCAGCUACAGGAAUAUAUUGUAGUGAGGCAGCCCCUCUCUCUCCUUGCCUCAAGUGUUUGUGUAUUCACCAGGUGUAGUAUACAGGGCCUCAGCUACAGGAAUAUAUUGUAGUGAGGCAGCCCCUCUCUCUCCUUGCCUCAAGUGUUUGUGUAUUCACCAGGUGUAGUAUACAGGGCCUCAGCUACAGGAAUAUAUUGUAGUGAGGCAGCCCCUCUCUCUCCUUGCCUCAAGUGUUUGUGUAUUCACCAGGUGUAGUAUACAGGGCCUCAGCUACAGGAAUAUAUUGUAGUGAGGCAGCCCCUCUCUCUCCUUGCCUCAAGUGUUGUGUUUCCCUUUCUUUUUGUCUCUCCUUCACACGUUAGGUUAUGUUAAGUCUGGCACCAUCUUUGCCUCUCUCUCUCUCUCUCUCUCUCUCUCUCUCUCUCUCUCUCUCUCUCUCUACAGGUGAUGGAGCACACAAGUGUAGCAGCUAACAGUUUCUGUGUAAUUGUCGUGGUGGUGACUUUCCUCCUCAUGUUCUCGUCCAGGAAGGGAAAGGCUGCCCUCGUGUUCCUCACCAUCCUGUUGUGUCACCAACCGUGUUGUCUGUGUGCUUGUUUGGUGAUGGCUGGCCCUGCAUCACUGCGCCCUCGUCUUUGCUCCUUCACUGCUGCCAGCUGUGUCUGUGGUCAUGAUGAUGAUGGUGGUGAUGGUGAUGAUGAUGGCGAGCGAGACAUUCAAAGGAGGGCGUGCACGUGCAUGGUGGUGAGCAGGUGAUGAUUGGAGAGGCACAGAACGUUCAGGAUGGAGGAGGAGGAGGAGCAGGAGUCUUUGUGUAUAGGAAGGAGAGAAAUGUAAGAGGAGAAAAUAUAGAUGUAGGCAGCUCUGUCAUGAGAGAAGGCGGCAGAGUGCACAGGCCACCCUGGAAUGUCGUGAAAGGCUUGCGGUGGUCGUGGUGUGCGUGAAGGGGGAGGGUGAGAGGGCAGGCAGAGACAACACCAAGAGUUAACCAGUGUUCUCGUUCAUUCUUCCCUUUCUCAGGUAAACUGUGGAACUCCCUGCCUGCUUCUGCAUUUCCUCCUUCCAAUGGCUUCAAGUCUUUCAACGAGGGGGAGGCUCAAGACAUCGUUUUAUUUAUCUGUUUUUAUUAUUCUCAUUUUAUUUGGCUCCUCUACAGGAACUGGCAUUAAGUUGGCUUUUUUAUUCAAAUUUUUUCUGGUCCUUUUCCAACAGCCCUCUUACAUAAAAGAAAAUAACUAACUAAUAAUAAGAAAAGCCAGUGUCACAGGGCGGCCUGGAGACAAUGUGCAUGGCGUGCCAGCUGUACCAAUGGAAGGAGUAUUGAGGCAGUGAAGGAGUCCCUGGAGACAAUGUGCAUGGCGUGCCAGCUGUACCAAUGGAAGGAGUAUUGAGGCAGUGAAGGAGUCCCUGGAGACAAUGUGCAUGGCGUGCCAGGUGUACCAAUGGAAGGAGUAUUGAGGCAGUGAAGGAGUCCCUGGAGACAAUGUGCAUGGCGUGCCAGCUGUAGCAAUGGAAGGAGUAUUGAGGCAGUGAAGGAGUCCCUGGAGACAAUGUGCAUGGCGUGCCAGCUGUACCAAUGGAAGGAGUAUUGAGGCAGUGAAGGAGUCCCUGGAGACAAUGUGCAUGGCGUGCCAGCUGUAGCAAUGGAAGGAGUAUUGAGGCAGUGAAGGAGUCCCUGGAGACAAUGUGCAUGGCGUGCCAGCUGUAGCAAUGGAAGGAGUAUUGAGGCAGUGAAGGAGUCCCUGGAGACAAUGUGCAUGGCGUGCCAGCUGUACCAAUGGAAGGAUUUCAACUGGAAAGAAAUUGCAAAAUAUUUUUUUUUUUCAUUGGAAACUUUGUUGUAGCUGCUUAUAAAGACCUGACGCAUUGCUUCUGGUGCUCCUGUGUCGUGUCACAGGGAAGGGGACAGGCUGGUUAGUCAGACUUAACCCUCCCUGUGUGAAUGCAUGUUGCUUCUUGCCAAACACUUUCCUGGCCUGUAAAUCUGUCAGUGUUGCAUCCCUGACCACUUCCCCCAUGGUUUGUGAUGUGCUUGUAAGACUUGGUGGGCACCGUCACUCUGGCUCGUCUUUUGGCUUUCACUUCGCCUUUUUCUCGUUUAUUUGCAUUAAUAUGAGCAUUGUUUAUAUAAUUACUUGUAUUUAAUGAGACAAAAAGGAAUUACCAUUGUAUUUUCGUUGAUAAUUUUAUAGUAAUGUAUAGUUGAUAAUUUUAUAGUAAUGAACAACAGGUCUCGUUCUUGUCUGCGACCAGUCCGUCCGCUCCCGGAGUCCCCGUCCCAUAGUCUUGUAGUCGUCAGUCAGUUGUCAGUCUCGCGCGUCGCGACGCAGGACAGGACUUUCAGUUUUCGUUAAAAAUGUCUGAAGAGAAAGGAAAGGAGAGAGAGGAGGCAUGUGGUGCAGUGCCGAAAAAAGCGAGACGGAAACAGAAAUAUAGGCCCGAGUGGGACAAACAGUUUCCGUGGGUGGGGCCUGCAAAGAAGGAUGCUUGUAAGGCCAUGUGCCUUAUUUGCAGUGUUGAAAUAACCGCCCAGCUCACAACUCUCAAGUUGCACGAAAACACUGCAAAGCACAAGAAAAUGUGUGCGCCAUCCUCAUCCAAAAUACUUAUGGAGUCAUUUACAAGUGCACGUGGUGAUAAUGAAACUAGUAAAAGUGAUUCUGUUAAGGCUGCUGAAAUAAGGCUUACUGCAUUUAUGGUGGAACACAAUAUAAGUUUCCGUGUGGCCGAUCAUCUGUGUGAAGUCCUGAAAGGUUGCUUCUCUGACUCCGCUAUUGCAAAGGAAUUGAAAAUGAAAAGACCAAAAUGUCAAAGAGUGUGUGGUAAUGUUAUGGCACACUCUCACAAACAAGAGCUCAUUAACAUCUUGAAGCAGAACAAGUUGAGCAUUCUUGUGGAUGAAUCCACAGAUAUAUCGGUCUGUCAGAAUUUAUGCAUCAUGGUAAGAGUGGUUGAAGGAAAUGCUGUUGUCACCAAAUUUUGGGAUUUAGUGCCAUUAUUUAGUAGUGAUCCUAGUAAAGCUAAUGAAGGUGCUACAGCUGCCAGGUUGUUUUCAGAGAUAAUGAAAACAUUUACUGAAAAUGGUAUACCUACUUGUAAUAUCAUUGGCUUUGGUUGUGAUGGAUGCAGCACUAUAAUGGGGCCUAAUAACUCUGUGAGUAGCAGGUUAAAGGAACUUUGCCCAGGAAUCUUUAUUAUGAAAUGUGUGUGCCAUUCUGCCCAUACAUGUGCCUCUGAAGCAUGCAAACAAUUACCUGAUGCUAUUGAACAAGUAGCUCAUGAUGUCCACAACACAUUCAAGAACUCUUCAAAACGAUUGGCACAAUUUGUACAAUUUCAAGAGUUUGCUGGGGCUCAAAAGCUUAGGAUUUUAUUGCCAUGUAGAACGCGCUGGCUUUCCUACACGGCUGUUGUGAAAAGGAUGCUUGAGCAGUGGGGCCCUCUUCAGAUGUUGUUUACUGAAUUAAAUUUACCAGGCUUUA